AUGACUACACCAUCUAUAGAACAAGUAUGGAUAGGAAACAGACGGGCUAAGCAAAACAGGAUACAGAAUGGAAACUCUAAAAUGUAUCCUAAAUGUAGAAAGUAUUCAAGGGGGCCCACAGCUUACAGUCUGUUUGCCUCUGGUCAACCAAAAGGUGAUAUGGAUGGCGGAGACUAUCUGAAAAAAUUAGGGGAACAAUGGAAGUCUUUAGACCCAGCCUCUGUCAAAAAGUUUCAGACUGAGUCUAAAGAACUUCGUUGUACUCUUCUGAAAGGAAGAUCACGUAGUGAGGUUAUCUCACAGGAAAUAAAGGCCAUCCAAAAUUCGAUUAUGACCUUAGCUGAAGUGGGGUUUGCUAUUGGUGGAUUUGGUACAGAUCCGGAAGAUAUUCUCAAUAGCAAGAAUGAUAUCUGCUUUGUUACCUCAAAAGCGAGUUGA